CACCGGCUGCAUGUUGGCUGGAUCCAAUGAGGUGACGCCGCGUUCAGGGCCUCAGUCCGCCGCUGAUAAAGGAGCCUAAAGUCCUGGAGGGACCGCCUGCUAUCAGUUCCGCUUAGAAUCCUCCUCAGGAAGCCCAGAACAACCGCUUCAUCUGGAGAAGCUCAUCAUGGCAGUAAGGAUCGGGACCCUGGUCGCUCUGUCCUCCCUCCUUGUCGUCCUUCUCCCCUCCUCUACAGAGUCUGUGGCCGUCAUGUCGGUGGACCUUGGGAGCGAGUGGAUGAAAAUGGCCAUAGUGAAACCUGGAGUACCGAUGGAGAUCGUUCUCAACAGGGAGUCGAGAAGGAAAACGCCAGCAGUGGUGUGUCUGAAGGACAACGAGCGACUGUUUGGAGACAGCGCUUUAGGAGUGUCUGUGAAGAUUCCCAAGACGGUCUAUAGACAUCUCCAAAGCCUUCUGGGUAAAAAACGGGACAACGUCCAGGUGAAGGUCUAUGAGAAGCGCUUUCCUGAGCAUCAGCUGCAGGCCGACCCAGUGAGGGGAACGGUUUACUUCAACAGCUCUCAAGAGAUGCGUUAUUCCCCGGAGGAGCUGCUGGCCAUGGUGCUGAAUUAUUCCCGCGGGCUGGCUCAGGACUUUGCAGAACAGCCAAUCAAAGACGCAGUCAUCACCGUCCCAGCCUUCUUCAACCAGGCAGAGCGGAGGGCAGUCCUGCACGCUGCACAGAUGGCCGGCCUAAAGGUCCUUCAGCUCAUCAACGACAACACGGCGGUGGCCCUAAAUUAUGGCGUCUUCAGGAGGAAGGACAUCGAUGGCACGCCCAAGAACAUCAUGUUUUACGAUAUGGGCUCAGGCAGCACCACGGCCACCAUCGUCACCUACCAGACAGUGAAAACCAAAGAUUUUGGUACCCAGCCGCAGCUACAGAUCCAAGGAGUCGGGUUUGAUCGGACUCUGGGGGGCUUUGAGAUGGACCUGCGACUGCGAGACUACCUGGCCAAGCUGUUCAAUGAGCAGAAGAAGAGUCCAAAGGAUGUGAGGGAGAACCACCGGGCCAUGGCCAAGCUUCUCAAAGAGGCGCAGAGACUGAAGACGGUGCUGAGUGCAAAUGCUGACUUCAUGGCUCAGGUAGAAGGAUUGAUGGACGAUAUAGAUUUCAAAGCCAAGGUGACCAGAGCGGAGUUUGAAGAUCUGUGUGCUGAUCUGUUUGAACGAGUCCCUGGACCGGUGCUGGAGGCCCUCACAGCGGCUGAACUAAAGCUGGAAGACUUGGAGCAGGUGAUCUUAGUGGGUGGAGCCACACGUGUCCCCAAGGUCCAGGAGGUGCUGCUGAAAGCUGUGGGGAAGGAGGAGCUGGGGAAGAACAUCAACGCCGACGAGGCGGCGGCGCUGGGGGCCGUGUACCAGGCGGCGGCCCUCAGCAAAGCCUUCAAGGUCAAACCUUUCCUGGUCCGGGAUGCGGCCAUCUUCCCCAUUCAGGUGGAGUUCAACCGGGAGGUGGAGGAAGAAGAAGGGAUCAAAGUCCUGAAGCACAGCAAGCGCAUCCUGUUCCAGAGGAUGGCGCCGUACCCCCAGCGUAAAGUCAUCACCUUCAACCGCUACACCGACGACUUCACCUUCAACAUCAACUACGGAGACCUCAGCUUCCUCAGCCAGGAGGACCUCAGCAUCUUCGGCUCGCUGAACCUGACCACGGUCAAGCUGUCCGGAGUGGGCGAGAGCUUCCAGAAGCAUGCGGACGCUGAGUCCAAAGGAAUCAAAGCUCAUUUCAACAUGGAUGAAAGCGGAGUCCUGCUUCUGGAUCGGGUGGAGUCCGUCUUUGAGACCAUUGUGGAGGAGAAGGAGGAGGAGUCCACCCUAACCAAGCUCGGCAACACCAUUUCUACCCUGUUUGGAGGAGGAUCCUCUGAGCCCAGUCCCAAUGCAACAGAACCAGUCCAGGAGGAGGAGGAAGUUCCUCCAGAGUCGGGGAAGGAGGGCAGCGCGGGCCAGAAGGACCAAGAGAACCAGACCAAAGAUGGUUCAUCAAAAGGUGGCGAUGAGGAGAAGAGCCCAGAGAACCCAGAGGACACGGCCACCAGAACCCAGGCCCCGGAGGAAAAAGGUGGAGAGAAACCUGAAAGCGUGGAGCCUGAGAAGAAGGCCAAACCUCAGAAAAGAACCAAGAUCUCUGAGGACGUCUCUCUGGAACUGGUCCUCCACGAUGUGGUGGACCCCACAGCAGAAGAGCUGUUGUCCUCCAGACAGAAGUUACAGGAUCUGACCAACAGAGAUCUGGCCAAGCAAGAAAGGGAGAAGGUCCUGAACAGCCUGGAAGCGUUCAUCUUUGAGACGCAGGACAAGCUUCACCAGGAGGACCACCAGCAGGUGAUGACGGAGGAGGAGCUUCAGCAGAUCCUGGGCCAGCUGAGGGAAGCGUCUGAUUGGAUGGAUGAGGACGGCUACCGGGCCGGAACCAAGGAGCUGAAGGAGAAGCUGUCUCAGCUCAGAGGGCUCUGCAGGGACGUCUUCUUCAGGGUGGACGAACGCAGGAAGUGGCCCGAGCUCCUCGGCGCCCUGGACAGCCUCCUCAACACCUCGGCCUUCUUCCUCAGGGGCGCCAGGCUGAUUCCAGAUGAUGACCAGAUCUUCACAGAAGUAGAGCUGAACAUGUUGGAGAAGGUCAUCAAUGAAACCACGACCUGGAAGAACGAGACGGUGGCGGAGCAGGAGAACCGCUCGCCGCACCUGCGACCCGUUCUGCUGUCCAGAGAUAUUGAGUCCAAGCUGGCUCUGCUGCAGCGGGAGAUGAACUACCUGCUCAACAAGGCCAAGUUUGCCAAACCCAAAGCUAAAGCUAAAGCUAAGAACGAGACGGGCACCGACGCGGACAGCAAGGCCAACGCUACGGCAGAAGAGGAGAAGCUGGCUCCUCCCACCCAGACAGCAGAGAGCUCAGAGGAGCAGCCGCCGGGUGAAGCUCCGCCCACUGAGGAGAGUGCUCCUGACACGGCCUCUGACAGCCAAUCACAGCCCUCAGAGGAAACCAUCAGCAAAGAGUCUUCAGACGGCGGCGCUCAUGGGAACCACGUGGAGGACGAGUUAUAACCACUGGACCUGGAAAACUUCUUCACUAUUUAUUGACUCCUUCUCAGCUCUUUGCCUUUUUUAAUCGCCUCGUUUUUUUUUUUUUUUUUUUUUAUUGGCCCGUUUGUCCAGUUCUGACUCCAUUCUAAGACCCCCCCACCCCCCUGUCUAACUGGUUUCACUGGGACACUCUGACGCUGCUGCCUGUGGACCCAGAGAGAAAAAAGCCCGGUUUAGUCCGAGUCCUGAGCCAAAGUGCGGAGCUGCCAUCUCCAGCCACCGGGGGCGCUAUCACUUCAUCACAAAGUUGAAUAAAAAUAGUUCAGAAGUAAAAAGAAGUAAAUGUAACAUUUCAUCAGGAUCCAGUCUGGUUUAAACCGGAUCUUCAAACUGGAUUACUUGAAGCGGUUCUGGAGCGUUGGGCGUGGACCUCAUGGGUUCCAUGUCAGUGGAGGGGGGGGGGGGGUGUAGCACCGACUUGGUUCCGGUUCGCAGCACAGCUGUUGGACAAGGUUUGGUCUGACUGGGGAACCAGUGGGUGGACUGGUGUCACUGGUUUCACUCAGUCGGGCCGUAGGACGUUCCCCCUGAUCGGGUCGGAGAUCAGGACGGAUUUUGUUCCAGAACCAGAAGAACUUUGGGUGGUUUUUCCUUUAAUAAAGAAUCUGUUUGAACCUCGUCUGUCCUGUUUGCUUUGAGGAAGCGGGACACCUGAUUGGACGAACCAGCGAGACGUUAGAAAGGAUGCUGACCUUAAAACUGGUUAUUUUCUGUAGAAGAACCAGUACCAGCCCUGUUUCACCUCUGGACCCACCAGAACCGGGCUUUGGGUCGGAUCUGUGACUUUGGAGCGAAAAGACAAACAAGAUUCUGAUGAUGAUGAAAAGUUUGUUUGUGAAUAAAGUUUUCUUUAUUUGAAUUGGC